CUUCCCUAUCCCUUCCCGGUAGAGAGAGAAAAAGCGACGAACGCAGAACCAGAGAUACAGAGAGAGAAGAAGAAGAAGAGAGAGAGUAGAGAGAGAAAGCAAAGGGUUCGUCAUCGCUACAGUCCCAGCACUCUUUGCAUUUCCAAUUCCUAAAGCUUCAAAGCACAUUAAUGGCUACAGAGCCAAGGUUCUAAAACCAGAGCCAGAAAAUCAAUCCCAAUGGAGUGUAUCGGAGCUCGAAACUUCGCUGCAAUGGCGGUCUCCACAUGCCCUACUUGGAGGUAUCGAAAGAAGAGACAGAGAAAUACGCUGACUCGUGUAAUUCACAGACACAGUUCUUAUACAUCGUCUCUUCGAGUGAGGUCUAGUAGUGCAGGAAGCGAGAGCUGUGUCGCCUUCAAAGAAGGAUUCGCCGACGAAGAAGACUACAUCAAGGCCGGUGGCUCUGAGCUUCUCUUCGUCCAAAUGCAACAGAACAAGCUUAUGGAGAAACAGUCUAAACUCGCCGACAAGUUACCCCGUAUAUCGGUUGGAAACACUAUACUAGAUUUGGUGGUGAUUGGUUGUGGCCCAGCUGGCCUUGCUCUGGCUGCAGAAUCAGCUAAGUUGGGUUUGAGUGUUGGACUGAUUGGACCGGAUCUUCCUUUUACAAAUAAUUAUGGUGUAUGGGAGGAUGAAUUUAGAGAUCUUGGACUUGAAGGGUGUAUUGAGCAUGUUUGGGGAGAUACUAUUGUAUAUCUUGAUGACAAUGAUCCCAUUCUGAUUGGCCGUGCUUAUGGGCGAGUUAGUCGAUACUUGCUCCAUGAGGAGCUAGUAAAAAGGUGUGUCGAGUCAGGUGUUUCAUAUCUUAGCUCAAAAGUGGAAAGGAUUAUUGAAAGUACAAAUGGUCAGAGUCUCAUAGAGUGCGAACAGAAUGUCGUUGUUCCAUGCAGGCUUGCUACAGUUGCAUCUGGAGCAGCUUCGGGGAAACUUUUGCAAUAUGAGGUUGGGGGUCCGAGGGUUUCUGUCCAAACAGCUUAUGGCAUGGAGGUUGAGGUAGAAAACAAUCCAUAUGACCCCAACUUGAUGGUUUUCAUGGACUACAGAGACUAUGUCAAACCAAAAGUUCAGUGUUUAGAAGCACAAUAUCCAACAUUUCUUUAUGCCAUGCCUAUGUCCCCAACAAGAGUCUUCUUUGAGGAAACAUGUUUGGCUUCAAAGGAUGCCAUGCCUUUUGAUAUAUUAAAGAAAAAACUCAUAUCCAGAUUAGAGACAAUGGGUGUCCGUGUUAUAAAAACUUAUGAAGAGGAAUGGUCAUAUAUUCCAGUUGGUGGAUCAUUACCGAAUACAGAGCAAAAGAAUCUUGCAUUUGGUGCCGCAGCUAGCAUGGUUCAUCCUGCAACAGGCUAUUCAGUUGUGCGAUCACUGUCAGAGGCUCCAAAAUAUGCUUCUGUAAUAGCAAAUAUUUUGAAGCAAGGACAUUCAAGGGACAAGCUUUCUCGAUCUUGGAGUACUGAAAAUAUCUCGAUGCUAGGUAUCAAAAGAAAAAGAAAAGGGAUAAGUGCAAUCAAUUCCCAUGUGGACAUUUACGCAUGGGAUGUGUAUACGCUUGGAACACUCUUUGGCCGCAAGAAAGGAAACGCCAGAGAGCAUUCUUUCUCUUUGGACUGGCGCUUAUUCUGCAACUGGAUAUUGAUGGCAUUAGGACAUUCUUCCACACCUUCUUUCGUUUACCCACUUGGAUGUGGCAGGGAUUUCUUGGCUCUACUCUUUCCUCCGCCGACCUUGCAUUAUUUGCCUUCUACAUGUUUGUUAUAGCUCCAAACAACAUGAGAAUGUGCCUCGUCAGGCAUCUACUUUCUGACCCAACUGGGGCUACUAUGAUAAGAACAUAUCUCACAAUAUAGUAUAUACAUGUGUGUAUAUAUAUAUUUAAUUUGCUUCCCGUUACGCUUCCCUUUUUCUUUUUUCUUUUUUUUAAUGUCAUUGCUGUAAUAUAUCUUUGAGGAUUAUGUAUAUAAAAGUGUGCAUUUACGCGCCUAGAUCUUGGAACAUUUUUUUGUUGUUGUUGUUGUUCUUUUACUUGUAAGCUAUUGAACUAAGAUAAAAAUGCGUUGUUAGUUAGGAGAUCUCCUCCUUUGUUGUCA